AUGCGUGAGAGGACCUCUCAGAACUGGAGCACGGGCCCCUGGCUGCUGGCACUUUACCUGGCCUGGCUGUGGACCCUCCUCGCCUCAGCUUCCUUGCAGCCGCCAACUCCCACAGUCCUUGUGAAGCAGGGCACCUGCGAGGUGAUUGCCGCUCAUCGCUGCUGCAACCGGAAUCGCAUCGAGGAGCGCUCCCAGACUGUCAAAUGCUCUUGCUUUCCCGGCCAGGUGGCCGGCACCACGCGGGCAAAGCCCUCCUGCGUGGAUGCCUCCAUUGUCCUGCAGAAGUGGUGGUGUCAGAUGGAGCCCUGCCUGCCGGGGGAGGAGUGUAAAGUGCUCCCGGACCUGUCGGGAUGGAGCUGCAGCAGCGGACACAAAGUCAAAACCACCAAGGUAUCCAGCGAUGGCCACUUCACCCCACCCUACGCUUCCCCUAUCACGUGGGCUGGAACCGGGGGCACGGGAGCCUGGGAGUCUAGGCUGUCGGCAUCCCAAGGGGAGAUCCGUGAAACAUGUGGGCACAUCCAUGGGUGA